CUGACCAAGCUCCGUGUCCGAGUCGUUGCAAGGUCUCAGGCUGCUAGCGGCGGUCACAUCUCCCCGGCAGCACGACCAUGGAGGAGCUCCAGAGGACCCUGGACAAACGGUACGACGGCAAACCCAGGAAGGUGAGGUUCAAGCUGGCCUCGUCGGUUAGCGGGAGGGUGCUGAAACAUGUGUACGAGGACGGCCAGGAGGUGGACAGCCCAGAGGAGAAGUACCCCCACAGCUUCCACAGCCACAAGACGCCCAGACACCUGGAGAUGGGACAGCUGUGUGGCUUCCAGGAAGUGCAGGACCAGGGCUCGUUCCCUCCUAUGGGGCUGAUGGCACAGAGGAUCAAUGUCUACAGAGGCGGGGCUAACUACGGAGCCCCUGCCCAGAGCGAAGCACCAGACGGAGAUCCCAACUCUUCAGUAUUGGACUUUGGGAAGAUUAUCAUCUACACCAGUAAUCUGCGGAUCAUUCGAGCCCCCCGGAGGGAAGGCGAUGCCGGCAGGCGUCCUCAACCCCCAGGGGGAGCAGACAAGACUUCACAGGGACGUGACAGGGGGGCCAAGAGGAGGCCCAAAGCCGUCUGUCCUCAUGGUAUGGAGCAGAACACCGAUCCACAGGACAAGCAGGGCGCGGCAUCCGGCUGCCAGCAUUGUGGGGGUUCAGGAUGCGCCCCCUGUUCCCUGUGCCACGGCAGCAAGCUGUCAAUGCUGGCCAACCGCUUCAACGAGUCCAUCGGUGUUCUGCGAUGCCAGGCCUGCUACCCCGACGGACUGGAGAGGUGCCGGUCUUGUGUCCCGUGACUCCUCCACCACUGGCUGUGUGCUGGCCCCAUUGUCUGCCUUGCCUGGAGCGAAGACACCGUAAUACAAAUAUGGUUACGACCGGAAAACGGAGGCCACUGUGUGUGUGUGUUUCAGCGAAGGAGUCGGGGUUCCCUUUCUUGGAAGGGACUGGUGCUUUCAGACGUUCCGCUGGUGGAAUCACGGUGAACGGUGUGCCGUGAACACUGCAUAAUGAAGACCACAUAACCAGUCUUUUGGUGUUUAGCCGGCCCGGCUGAGUCCCAACAGAGAUAACAGGAACCUCUGACUGCUGUGACGACUUAUCAUUUUAAUUAAAAUAAUGUAAAA